AUGGAUGUGAAGGAGGAUCUGACAGGGGCUAACCAAUGGCGAUACCAGCGGAAUAUGUCUGGUUGUAUCCAGGAGUUCAUUGAAGCGGUGUCGUUUCAGCAGUUCAUUCUCGGAAACGACAAUCAACAGAAUCAGGUGAUUUCGAUUGACGAGGUCAGAAACAAACUGCCAGAGUUCGUGCUUGUCACCGAAGAAGAUUAUAUUCUGGGUCUCAUGGACCUCACUGGCGAGCUCAUGCGAUACGCCAUAGCCCAUUUAUCUGACCACACCAGCGAACCCAGUUCCAACACCAAAAAACAAACAACCGACUCCAUCAACGAAUCUGACGACGAAGCUCCUGCCACGAAAAAACACAAAUCCACUGCUUCUGCUGCUUCUUCUUCUUCGUCGACGACCUCGGUCACAAGCAAACUGUCCCGUCGGCCCUCACCCAUCGCACAAAAAAUCGUCGCUGCUCUACGAGACUUCGACACGGGCCUCCUGGGAGUCGACAUCUACGCGGCCGAGAAAUCGACCCCGGGACUCAAAGAACUCGGCAAAAAAGUCGCUACUUUCAAAGCCAGUCUCGCCAAAGUCGAGCAGGCUAUCUGCUCCCUGGCUGUCCAGCGAACCGAGCCGGCUCUGUAA